UCCGGUGAAGCUCUCAAAGUGUUAGCAUAUCGUUACGCACUAGUGCGAUAAAAUUUUGUGUAUUUCUGUUCGCGGAAGAAAAAUUUUUUCUCGUCCUAGAGUGAAUCCCUGUGGCGACGCCGCGAAACAUCAUCGGGAGUCAAUGUAAAAGAAUUUACAAUCGAAAAAUAUAAAAUACUCGAAAAUAAUAAUACAACCAAACAUAACCUACAAUACAUGUGCAAAAAAACACAAUCGAAUUAAAACACCAAAUUAAAUUAUAAUCUAACAAUACAAAGGCAAGAUGGGCCAUCACUGGCCUUAGCCUGUCACGUUAGUGACACAGCAAAAAAAAAAAAAAAAAAACGGGCGAGAUGGGCCCAUUGUGGCCUUAGCCAGUCAUCUAAUGACAGAGCAAAGAAAAAAAAACAUAAAACGAAAUAUCAAAAAUCGUUAAGUAAUCUAGGUUCAGAAGAAAACUCUGGAUUGUAAGCAUUAUUUUUCAGUAAACCAAUAAUAGUGUAACAAUCUCUAUCGAUAUAAAACAGUGAAUUAAAGAAUUUCAUAGGAAAAAAUGGAUGAAACUGUGUGCUACAUUAAACCAGAAUAUUUAAUUCCCCGACUUCCCAAAGAAGUCACUGAUACGGAUAACGAUUCUGUUCAAACGGACGAACCAUCAGCAAAAAAAGGUCGCUAUGAGAAGCACAAGAAAAAGAAUCGUGGACAAAAUAAAAGUAGACAGCUGCCAUUCAAAUUGAAUGAUAACGAUAGACUAUGCAAAACAUUGCUUGAUGGCAUUGAAACCACCGAAAACAAAUGUGGCAAUGAUCGCUGCCGAUUUUCGCACGAUUUGGAACGAUUUAAACAGUUGAAACCUAAGGAUAUCGGUGACAGCUGCUAUAUCUACUCGUUGAAAGGAUAUUGUAAUUUUGGGAUCUCUUGUCGAUAUGCCGGUGCUCAUGUGGACGAAAACUGGACCAAUAAGAUAGAAAAUGAAGUUAAACGGGAAGAUACUAAUUUGGUUAGUAUGUGUUUGACUUAUGAUUUGCAGAAUAAACUUCGGAAACGGAACUAUGAUUUUUCUAAAUCGAAUGAAAUAGUUGACAAGUUCGAGACUUUGCAGAAAGAAACGAAAGAACUAAACUCUACUGAAGAAAUAGCGAACGAUGCUCGUAUAGGCAAUUGUUCCGAUGACGAUCUGAUUAAAUUGCGAAGUAAAGAACGGAGGAAAAUAAACUUCAAAGAUAAACUCUAUCUCAGUCCGCUGACAACAGUCGGAAAUCUACCGUUCAGAAGGAUUUGCAAAGAAUACGGAGUGGACAUCACGUGCGGUGAAAUGGCGUGUGCUGUUCCAAUUAUCAGUGGUAUGCCACAGGAAUGGGCAUUAACUAAGCGUCAUUCGUCCGAAGACUUGUUUGGUGUUCAACUCUGUGGUCGCAGUUCAAGGUUGGUAACCUACGCGGCUCAAGUUAUUGCCGAAAUUGCAGACAUAGAUUUUAUUGAUCUAAAUCUCGGUUGUCCAAUCGAUUUAAUAUUCAAGGAAGGGGGAGGAAGUGCGUUGCUCCGCCGACAAUCCGUGCUAGAGGUGAUGAUUCAAAGCUGUUCUCGAGUACUAUCAGAUUACGGGAAAGAGUUCACAGUUAAAACCAGAGUUGGAAUUUACAAUAACAAAAACGUGGCGCAUGAGCUUAUUCCAAAGUUUGAAGAAUGGGGCGCUAGUCUAGUCACAAUACAUGGUAGGUCUAAAGAGCAACGUUACACCAAACGAGCCGAUUGGGAUUAUAUUCAAAAUUGUGCUCAGCAAGCUAAAGAUAUCCCUAUUUACGGUAAUGGAGAUAUACUGAGUCUUGAAGAUUACAACCAUGCCAGGAAUCAAGUUCCUGAAGUUUCUGGGGUUAUGAUAGGCAGAGGAGCCCUGAUCAAACCUUGGCUGUUUCAGGAAAUCAAAGAGCAAAAAGCACUUGAUCCUUCCAGCAGCGAGCGAAUGGAAAUGUUGAAACGUUACGUGAACUACGGUUUAGAGCAUUGGGGAAGUGACACGAAAGGCGUGGAAAAUACUAGAAGAUUCCUUCUGGAGUGGCAAUCAUUUUUGUAUCGGUACGUUCCCUAUGGCCUUUUGGAGAGGCCUCCCCAAAAAAUCAAUCAACGCCCGGAGGCUUUCCAGGGGAGGGACGAUUUGGAAACGUUGAUGGCUUCUUCCAAUUGUGCCGAUUGGGUUAAGCUUAGUGAAAUACUGCUUGGUCCUGUCCCUGAGGGAUUUCAUUUUGUGCCUAAACACAAAGCAAACGCAUAUUAAUACUGACGUGACAAGUGAAAGAUUUUCAAUAAAUUUCAGUUUGAUUCCGUUAUUUCUUUUGUUUGUUUGAAUGAACUUUACUGAUGUAAUAAAUUUUGAAUUUCAAACAUGUGAAA